AUAAUAAAUGGAUCGACUUAGCGUAAACUCAUUAUACGAGAUUUUGAAGUACCUCACAUUCAGAGAAAUGAACUAUCUCAGGAUUUCAUCCAAGAAGCAUUCGGAUAAGGUCAAAACUGUGAUGAUUAUCCUUUCAGAAAGAGAAGCCAACAGAAUACUGCUGUCUUCUAAUGAUUUGUUAAGAAAUCCCUUUAUCGAUUACGAGGAACCUCAAGUGAAAAUGUCCAACGAAUCAUGGUACAACUUCAUUAUUGAACAGAUCAGUUUGAGAUGGAGAAUAAAGAAGAAGCUAUAUGUUCUCAUCCCAAAUAUCUUUACAGAUUGAGAACACGGGUUUAACGUGAGUUUAACAAACUUAAUGUUUAAUGAAAUUAAGAAGGCUAGACCUCAGUUGAAUAUUCUAAAAUAAAGAUAAUACCUAUAUAAAUUUCCAAACUGAGUUCCAAGAGCUAAUGUACCUUCAUUCUAAAGGAAAGAAGUCCCAAAAAUACUGUUGGAAGGUCAUGACUGAUGAAAUGUAUGAAAAUGCUAUUGAAAGACAGGAAGAAUUUGUCGAAGAAAUUAUCAAAGAGAAGGAAGUGCUUCUAUUUGAUCUCUUUCGCUGGUAUAAAAAUUACCAAGAGGACAACUAUCUUCCUAAAUCUAGUAUCUUGUCCUUUUUAUUUUGCAUUGAUCUUUUUAUCACAAACCAUUGAAUAACAAUCUGAAAAUCGAUUGAGUCCAAAUCGAAUAAGGUGAAUUUCCUGGAUGAAUACAUAACUAGAUGGAAAUCUUUUACUUCUCUGAUUCAGAUAUUCGAAUCCGAGUUUAACUUUAUUGAAGUUUUAGUCAACUCAAUGUAUAACCAUGAUGAUAUCCAAAACGCUUUGCCUAAGAUGAAAGACAAUCAACCAAAAUUCUCCUUCCUUCGACUGAUGUGCAGAGCUUGGGGAAAAUAUGUGAUGAAGAAACUGUUUCAUAAGUUCAGUGAGACAAUUAUAAAUAUCUUGGUGAACUAUCAGAGCAAGCUUUCUAAACUUGCAGAAGAUUUCGACAACCUGAAGAAAGAGAAAAAGUAUUUUUCAAAUUAUCUUAAAAACAACUACUCCUUCUCCUUCAUUGAAGGCCAGAUUUUUAGUAACGCACUUCAGAUGGUUCUUGAUGUGUCUAUCAACGAGUAUUGUGUGAAACAAAUAGAGGAUUCUCAAGUGAAUCUUAACAUAUUCUACCCAAAAUUAGAAGAGAGAAUAAUGAAACAAACAAAGCCAUUCUUAAAAAACCUGUUCACCAAAUGAUCCCCUGAGAUAUUUCAGACCAUAUCUCAGUUAUACAUGAACAACUUGAACACUAUUAUGAUCAGACAUAGCCAGAGACGUCUUCACAAUCUUGUCUAUGCCACAAUUUGCAUCAACACUGAGAACAAAAUAAAAUAAACUGUACAUCGAAUACUCUAUCGAUGAGUAUGAGAGCAAGAAUAGAGAGGAAACUAAAUCUGAAGAAGAGAAGAAGGUUGCCUCUUUAUUUAAACCAACUACUAAGAUAUCUAAAUUUGCAAAACAAUCUGAAUAUGACAAUGAACCUGAAGUCACUCCGGUAAAGAGAUGUAAACAGAAGGAAGAAAAGAUUGUCAAUUUUAUUCAAGGGAUUAUCCAGAAGCCUUAUCUUAAGGAAGGAAGAAACUCAAAGCUGCUCAGAAACAACACCCAUGCCGACCUGAGAUACAAGACUCCAGACGAAGAAGAGGAAGAGGAAAAGAACAUAGAAAUAAGGUACACGAGAAACACUAAGAUCAUUGAAGACUCUGAGUCAGAAAGUAAUGAAAUCGAAGAUGAACCCAAGAUUAAUGUAAUUAGGUCUCACACUAGUACCAACAACCCGUUCAGAAACUCUAUAGAUGCACCUAUUUGUGAAGUUCUCCCCUUAGAAUUACCUGAGAAGAAUGAAAAGGAGAUUUCUCUCGCUUUUUAUGAGCAUGCUAUGAGAUCACACAAGAAACUGUUCGAUAAUCUCAGAGUUUCAUAUCAGCAAUGGAAAGAAGGCAUUGACCAAUUCAAUUUAAAGGAUAACAAGAGCUCUGUUUACUCCAAUUUAAAUGCAGGCAAUACUGAUAAGAUGUUGGAGACCUAUAUGUCAGAGAGCUUACAGUUAAUCAGAAACAAUACAACCAAAGACCCUAUAUACGAUGUCCUCAAGCCGAACUAUGAAGAUGUCUAUUACCACCCCUUUGACGAGACUGAUGACGAACUGAGGCAGUUCUUGUUGGAAGAACAAGACAAUGACUCCAUGGGAGAUGAUUUUGAUGACUUUGACGGUGACUUUGGAGAUUGGCUGUAAUACUGCAUCGCAUUUUCGAGAAACAUUUUCUGGCAUUAUCAAUUU